AUGGGUUUCAAUAAUCUGUUGGUCGCUAAUGAUGAUUUAUUGGUCGAAAUAUUGUGGAGAAUAGUUGCAGAACCAAACACUUUGAUGAGCAUACUUCAGAGAGCAAAAAAUUUUUUGCCAAUUGAUGCUGAAGCCAUAAUCAGAAUCCCUCUUGAUCACUGCCAAUCAGAGGAUCAACUAUUCUGGCAUUUGGAAAACAAUGCUAACAGUAGCAGCAAACAGAAAUAUAUGAGGCAUCAAAUCAAGAACAACUUAAAGCACUUUAUAUGGAUGUGUGUAAACAAUGUGAUUUCGUCGACUGUUAAUUUACAAAAGAAGAGAAUUUUUGAAGAUGCAAGGUACUCUAUGUGUGGUGAGGUUUACGAAACAUUAGAACAGGGGGUGUUUUGUAAGAGGCUAAAAGAGCGUUUUCCAGUUAGGUUUCCAUUGUACUGA